CAGCUGUGGCGGGGGCCGAGGAGGGACAUUUUAAAAGGGCCGGAGAUUGCAGGCGUCAGUGGCCAUGGCGGAUACAGCGACCACAGCAUCGGCGGCGGCGGCUAGUGCCGCUAACACCUCGACCGAUGCACCUCCUUUCCAACUGGGCAAACCCCGCUUUCAGCAGACGUCCUUCUACGGUCGCUUCAGGCACUUCUUGGACAUCAUCGAUCCUCGAACACUCUUUGUCACUGAGAGACGUCUCAGAGAGGCUGUGCAGCUGCUGGAGGACUACAAGCAUGGGACCCUGCGCCCAGGCGUCACCAAUGAACAGCUCUGGAGUGCACAGAAAAUCAAGCAGGCUAUUCUACACCCAGAUACCAAUGAGAAGAUCUUCAUGCCCUUCAGAAUGUCAGGUUACAUUCCUUUUGGAACGCCAAUUGUAGUGGGUCUUCUCUUGCCCAACCAGACGCUGGCAUCCACUGUCUUCUGGCAGUGGCUGAACCAGAGCCAUAAUGCUUGUGUCAACUAUGCAAACCGCAAUGCCACCAAGCCUUCUCCUGCGUCCAAGUUCAUCCAGGGCUACCUGGGAGCUGUCAUUAGUGCCGUCUCCAUCGCUGUGGGCCUUAAUGUCCUGGUUCAGAAAGCCAACAAGUUCACCCCGGCCACCCGCCUUCUUGUCCAGAGAUUUGUGCCGUUCCCCGCCGUAGCCAGUGCCAACAUCUGCAACGUGGUCCUGAUGCGGUAUGGGGAGCUGGAGGAAGGCAUUGAUGUCCUGGAUGGUGACGGCAACCUCGUGGGCUCCUCCAAGAUUGCAGCCAGACACGCCCUGCUGGAGACGGCGCUGACGCGAGUGGUCCUCCCCAUGCCCAUCCUGGUGCUCCCCCCGAUCGUCAUGUCCAUGCUGGAGAAGACGGCUCUCCUGCAGGCACGGCCCCGGCUCCUCCUCCCCGUGCAAAGCCUUGUGUGCCUGGCGGCCUUCGGCCUGGCCCUGCCGCUGGCCAUCAGCCUCUUCCCGCAGAUGUCAGAGGAACAUUCCGGCACCUCAGCCAGCCCUCCUACCCUUCAGGGAGACCAUGUUCACAGGGACCUUCUGGAGGAGAUCGAGACAUCCCAGUUAGAGCCUGAGAUUGCCCGGGCCACGAGUAGUCGGACAGUGGUGUACAACAAGGGGCUGUGAGUGGUGGCCAGCCGGCCUGGGGCCGGAGUGUGAUCCAGGCCGGGGCGGGGGGUGGGUAGGGGAGAGAUCGGGCCUGGGGACGGAGACUCCGGGACUGCAGCUGCAGGGAGGGGGGCUAGCUCACCCCACCGGUCCUGAGCCACCUGGGGGAGCACUGGACCCCCGCAGAGGUAGGGAAACUAAUCUAUUUACAUGUUAACACAUGGGAGAGGAAUUCUGACACAUUUCCUAUAAAAAAAAAAUAAUCAAGUGCAUUUCUGGGCCUUACAUGGGGUUGUCAAAACUCUACUCAGCACAAUUAUGUGUGAAGCUGAAAAUUUGUAGAGUGUCCACGGGGUAGAUUUAGGAUCCUUUUAUACUUUGGUUUUCUUUUUUCUUUUUCUUUUUUAUCAGAAUCACGUCUGAGCCUUGGUGGCCACUGCCUGGAUACAGCAGCUGGCCAGUGGUGGCAUAGGAGUGGGCCUGGGGGCUUGUUGGUUUGGCAGUGGGGCUGGUAGAUGCAAGAUAGUCUGGUGGCCAUACCCUAUGGCUCCCUGGGCUGGGCUGGGCUGGGCUGGGGACGCAGUCUGCACCUCAUAGGAUGAACCAGUAUGACCGAGGUCCUCAGGAGGUGGCCGAGGGAGUCAGGGGCACUGGAGGCCUCUAAAAGAUUUUGUGGGCAGUUGGCUCUGAGUGUAGGUGGUCCUCAUCCAUGCCACAACCUGCAGAACCAAUCCCUCCGCAUGAAGCUCAGUGCCAGGGGCUGGGUCACUCUUCAUAGAACCCUGCUGAUCCAUUUGAGGCCCCUGAAAUGACCCCAGCUCCAGGCAAGAAGCCCCAAGAAGGAAGGAUGUUUGGCUGGAAUUGUGGGCCUGCACUUCGACCUCUGUGGAAAGAUCCUCCUUGUAGUCACCAGGCUGGAAGUUGGGCUGAGCAGGGGUAGGAGGCUGGAGCGGGAGCCUGGCUGACUGCCAUCUGGGGGGUGGGGAGGUCUCUCCAGCCCCCACCCCCAGGCUGCCUGCCCCCUCUCCCCGCUUCCUGAAUGGGAGGGUCUUCUGCCUGAGGAUGGAGGCCAGGUUUCUAGGCACCUGAGAGUCAGCCUCAAGCCAGUGAUCACAUGCCCGUGGUUGUGACACGUAUGGGCUGCUUGAAGAAGUCUGCUCCCCUCUCUGAGCCUCUACUCCAUGGCCAGAACCAGAGGACUGGAUCAAGGGGUUCCACCGGCUUUUCCCACUGGACUACGUCUUUGCCUGUUCCACUCAGAUGCUGGUCAUCCCAGGCACAUCCCCAAUGUGGACACUGGACUGGGAAAGGGGCAGGCCCCUUUGGGAAUGGCCAGCAGUUGGCCUCAGAACCUGGACCUUCACUUUCUGUAUGUGAACCCACAUCCCGGGCACACUUGGCCUCUGCCAAACACUUUUCGGUUCUGAAUGGGGAGCUAGCGUGGGCGGCUGCGCCUAUGUGUGGCUCCAAACCCAUGUGCCGCCUCUCCCCCUGCACUGGCCUCCUUGCUGCUGUCUCCUCCCACUGGUGGGCCAAGAAGAGGAGAGGUCUGCUGGGGCUCUGCAGAAGGAAGCGAGGCCGAGGUGGGGGUGGAUGGAGCAAACAAAGGGGAAAUGUGGGCCUCAUUGGACCCCUCAGGUGACCCCAGCUGGAGCGGAGCCCUCAACACGGUAGCCCCGGGUGACUCCACCUGGGGAAAGACGUGGCUGGCAGUGAACACUGGCAGGAAAAUCUAGUGUGGGGCUUAUGGCCACGGGCCAUGGGAUGGGCCGCUCUUACCAUCCUCAGUGCAGGGGUGAUACCAGGUACCCCCUCAGAAGCCCUCACUGCCCUCACUCCCAGCCAGCAUGCUCUUUCUGCAGGAUGCUGCCCUGAAGGACCCCCCCCCCACCAUCUUGAGGAGCAGCAUCCCCUCCCUACACACACCCCCUUACCCCCAGCCAAUCAGGAAAGGGUAAAAGCAGAACCAGUAGGGAGAACAAAACAGUAGAGGGAAAGGUUGCACAUUGUCAGAGGGGCAAGUAUUUUUGAGCUAAUCCUGCCAUGAUAUGACUGGGCCAGUGACAGACUGGGCAUGUCUGGGUCCCCUUUUGAAAAGCUCUCUUCUAGCUCACUCUGCCUCACCUCUCAGUGUCCUGUUCUUGUGCACUUCAUCUUGGGACCAAAAAUGCUCACCCCAGCCCCACUCCCACCCUCUCUGGAGGCCUAGAAGAAAUGGGAGUCUCUCUGACUCCCCCCAGUGCUGGCUGCCCUGGCACGGCCCCAUCCCAGUCCUGACCCUGUGGCCUUGGCAUCUCAUAACCAACUUACUUUGUCUCCCGGAUCAUUUUUGGCCAUGCUCCCAAAUGCAAUUUCAGAUGAGCUAAGGGGACUUCUCUUUGGGGAGGGGAUUGGCAAAGGAUCUGUAUAGCUCAGUGUGAUGGCGGAGGUCCAGUGGGCCAUGCUGCUAAGAUGAGCCUUGGCUUAACUGUGGAAAACACCACGAGGGAGAACUUUUGCCCAACAUCCAUCCCCCACUUGGCAGAGGUCAGAGAAAGGGAGGCGUCGUGGGCAAGACUGGCUCAUGACUGGGGAGGAGACUGGGCCGGGUCCCACAGCUAGGGGGUAGCCGGCCCUGCUGUGUCAGAAUACAGGGCACCCCAGCCACCCCAGUUCUCUAGGCCGUGUACUGGCCCACCUUCUCCCGGUCACUUCUAACAUUCCCUCAGACUUCGGACGCCCUUCUCCCAUUUCCAGAGAAUAAUCCGAUGGUGCGGGUACCAGGAGCCCAAGAUGUCUGGAUGGCAGCUGGGGCCAGGUGGCCGACAGCCCCCUUUUCUACUUUCUGAUUGUGAGCCCGCUUGGUUUUGGUCCUGAGCCCCUGCAGGCCUGGGAGCAGGGUGGGGUCCUGAGGGAAGAAAAGCCAGAGGCCAAAGGCAAGGUGGUUCUCCAGCCCCGGGGCCGGGUGUGAGUGAGGCACCGGCAUUCGUGCCUUAGUCACACCGAGGAGACUCUGCAGUGUCUUUUUAACCUUCUCAGAAAAUUUCUCAGUCUUUGAUUUAUGUAAUACUAAUGAACUGUGGGCAAUAAAUGAUGGAUUUAAAGCCUCA